AAACUGUGGUGUGUUACCGGUGACUGUGUGUGAUAGUGUUACUGCACCUUUAAGAGAGUCGCUCGGCUCUCUCGCACAUUGUGUCUUUACCGGUUCGACGUUGUCGUGUUGUUUUCUGUCUCAAUCUGUACCGUCAUGUCUGCUCAUUCCGCUGAAGAUCCGUUCCCUUUUCACGGGCUGCUUCCGAAAAAAGAGACUGGCGCUGCCUCGUUCCUCACUAAAUUCCCUGAGUACGAUGGCCGAGGGGUGCUUAUCGCGAUUCUCGACACCGGGGUGGACCCAGGGGCCCCGGGCAUGCAGACCACAACAGAUGGGAAACCCAAGAUUGUGGACAUCAUCGACACGACGGGGAGCGGUGAUGUGAACAUGUGCACUGUGGUGGAGGUGAAGGACGAGGUCGUGACCGGACUGACGGGACGCACACUCAAAAUUCCUGCUGCUUGGGUGAAUCCAUCUGGAAAGUAUCACAUUGGAAUAAAGAACGGUUAUGAUUUUUUCCCUAAAGCUCUCAAAGAGAGAAUACAGAAAGAGCGUAAGGAGAAGCUGUGGGAUCCAGCACAUAGAGCAGCUCUCGCUGAGGCCAGUCGCAGGAUCGAAGAGUUCGACCAGACUCACCCAAACCCAUCACAGAUGGAGAAACUACAGAAGGAGGAACUACAGUGUCACGUGGAGCUGUUAGGAAGCCUGGAGAAGAAGUACAGUGAUCCAGGGCCGGUUUAUGACUGUAUAUCUUGGCACGACGGUGUCACAUGGAGGGCUGUGGUGGACACUUCUGAGACUGGAGACCUGUCGUCCUGCUCUGUCCUGAGCCCAUAUCGAGAGAGACAGGAAUAUGCCACUCUGGGAUACGCAGAGAUGCUCAAUUACUCCAUAAACAUCUAUGACGAGGGAAACACUCUGUGUAUUGUCACCAGUGGAGGAGCUCAUGGGACACACGUCGCCAGCAUUGCAGCGGGUCACUUCCCUGAUGAGCCGGAGCGAAAUGGUGUCGCUCCAGGGGCUCAGAUCCUGGCUGUGAAGAUCGGAGACACCCGCCUCAGCACCAUGGAGACGGGCACCGGCCUCAUACGAGCUAUGAUUGAAGUCAUAAACUAUAAGUGUGAUCUUGUGAACUACAGUUACGGGGAGGCGACACACUGGCCGAACUCAGGGAGAAUCUGUGAGAUCAUCACAGAAGCUGUACAGAAGUAUAAUGUGUUGUUUGUCUCGAGCGCUGGGAAUAACGGCCCGUGUCUGUCCACCGUGGGCUGCCCCGGAGGAACCACCAGCAGUGUGAUCGGUGUGGGGGCUUACGUCACUCCUGAUAUGAUGGUGGCCGAAUACUCACUGAGAGAGAAGCUUCCUCCGAACCAGUACACAUGGUCAUCCCGCGGACCCAGUACGGACGGUGCUCUGGGCGUCAGCAUCAGCGCACCUGGAGGAGCCAUCGCCUCCGUACCCAACUGGACGCUACGUGGCACACAGCUGAUGAACGGCACCUCCAUGUCCUCUCCGAAUGCCUGCGGAGGGAUUGCUCUUGUGCUCUCAGGUCUGAAGCAGAACGGCGUGCGGCCCACAGUGCCAGCGGUCCGCAGGGCUCUGGAGAACACUGCUCUGAAAGUGGACGAUAUAGAGGUGUUUGCGCAGGGCCACGGCAUCAUUCAGGUGGAGCGGGCGUUCGACUACCUCAUGCAGCAUGCAUCGCUGCCUACCAGUAGCCUCGGCUUCACAGUGACCGUAGGAACACAGCGAGGCAUCUACCUCAGGCAGCCGACCCAGGUCACUGCACCAUCUGAUCAUGGGGUCGGCAUCGAGCCUGUGUUUCCUGAGAACACAGAGAACUCGGCCCGUAUCUUGCUGCAGCUGCAUCUGGCUCUCGUCUGCAACGCUGCCUGGGUUCACUGUCCAUCACACCUGGAGCUCAUGAAUCAGUGCCGCCACGUCAACAUCCGCAUUGACCCGCAGGGCCUGCGAGAGGGUCUGCACUACACUGAGGUGUGUGGAUACGACACGUCCGCUCUCAGCGCCGGGCCUCUCUUCAGAGUUCCUAUAACAGUCAUAAUCCCUGCGAAAGUAGCAGACAGUCGCAAUCAAGAGAUCACGUUCACAGACGUCCACUUCAGACCAGGACAGAUCCGCCGCCAUUUCAUUACCGUCCCUCAAGGAGCAUCGUGGGCAGAAAUCUCAUUAACGUCUCACUCUGGAGAUGUGUCGUCGAAGUUUGUCCUGCACGCAGUUCAUCUGGUGAAGCAGCGAGCGUAUCGAGCCAAUGAGUUUUAUAAGUUCUCAUCUCUGCUCGAGAAAGGCUCACUCACAGAGGCUUUUCCUGUGCUGCCAGGACGUACUUUGGAACUCUGCAUUGCUCGCUGGUGGGCGAGUCUCGGUGACGUCACCAUUGAUUAUGUUAUUUCCUUCCACGGGCUGGUGACAUCACCCUCUCCUCUUCAUAUUCAUGCCUCUGAAGGGAUUUCUAGUUUUGAGGUUUGUUCUCCGUUGAGAUAUGAAGAUGUUUCUCCAACAAUCACACUAAAGAACUGGGUCCAGCCUCUCAGGCCUGUAAGUGCUAAAAUAAAACCCCUUGGUGCUAGAGAUGUGUUACCAAACAACAGACAGCUCUAUGAGAUCGUUCUCACGUAUAAUUUCCAUCAGCCUAAGAGUGGCGAGGUGACCCCCAGCUGUCCGCUGCUGUGUGAGUUAUUAUACGAGUCUGAGUUUGACAGUCAACUCUGGCUCCUGUUUGACCAGAACAAGAGACUCAUGGGCUCUGGAGACGCCUACCCACACCAGUACUCUCUGAAGCUGGAGAAGGGUGACUACACGGUGCGUCUGCAGGUGCGUCACGAGCAGCAGAGUGAGCUGGAACGCUUGAAGGACCUGCCGUUCAUCGUGUCUCACCGUCUGUCCAACACGCUCUCGCUGGACAUCUAUGAGACGCACCGCGCUGCCAUGCUGUCCAAGAAGAAGGCCAACUCCAUCACGUUGAGUCCCAGUGCGACACAGCCCUUCUACAUCACUGCCCUGCCCGACGACAAGAUACCUAAAGGUGCUGGUCCAGGCGGGUACAUCACUGGCUCUCUGGUUCUGCCCAAGAGUGAGUUCGGCAAAAAAGCAGACAUGGUGCCAGUCUUUUACCACCUGGUUCCUGCCCCUAACAAAAACAAGAAUGGGAAAGAGAAGGAGAAGGAUGCAGAGAAGGAGAAAGACGUGAAGGAUGAGUUCACUGAAGCGCUGCGAGACCUGAAGAUCCAGUGGAUGACCAAGUUGGAUAACAGCUUGUUGUAUGAGGAGCUGAAGGAGGUGUUCUCCACACACCUGCCGUUGCACGUUCAGAGACUCCAUCAACUGGACUCAGAGAAGGAGCGUUUGAAGCGCCUGCCAGAGAUCGCUGCUGCAGCGGAUACAGUGCUGUCACACAUCGACCAGACGGCACUGGCGGUCUAUCUCACCAUGAAGACGGACCCGCGGCCAGAUGCUGCAUCCAUUAAGAGUGACAUGGAGAAGCAGAAGGUGUCUCUGCUAGAUGCUCUCUGCAGGAAGGGCUGUGCUCUAGCGGAUCAGCUGAUGCAGCCAGCAGCACAAGAGGGUGCCAGCGCAGGUGAGGUGGGCAGCUCUGAUGACGAGCCGCAGAGCGUGGCCAAAGCAUUGACCGACACCUUCUGGGAGGUGCAGAAGUGGGCUGAGCUCACUGACUCUAAGGUUUUAACAUUUUCCUACAAGCAUGCGUUAGUAAACAAGAUGUACGCAAGAGCCUUGAAGUACGCUACUAAGAUUGUUGAGGAGAAAUCCAGCAAAGACAACUGGAAGAACUGCAUACAGCUGAUGCGUUCUCUGGGCUGGAUGCACUGCGUCUCCUACACCGAGAACUGGCUGCCCAUCAUGUACCCGUCUGACUACACACCCUUCUAAUGUCCUGUCGUGUGACACACACACACACACACACACACAUACACACACACACAGACAGUUGUUUUAAUGCCUUCUGGAAACCAUCAAGAACCAAGCACCUCACAUCACAUGGUCCUUCAUGGACCCCAUAAUGCCUUCCUGUGUGGAUCACAGCACUGAACCAACAGUUCUCAUCCUACAGCUUGAAUCUUUAUCGGUGUAUUUCACUUGGAUUUUUCAUCAUACUCAAAUGACACUUCAGUGUUCGUCUUCGCUUUGGGGAACUUGUAUAAAACCUGCGUUAUGUUGUUUGGAAUUUGAUUACUGGGCAUUUGCUUGGUGGACAUUUUCCCCUCAACAACAAUAACAGUUUCUUUCGGUUAAACUUCAGAUGAGCUGCUGAAUACAGAUAACGUCAAGGCAAUAUGAUGGACAUCCAGUGGAGUUCUGUGGGUGAACCGUCCAGCUCUGUUUCACCAUAGAAUCAAAGGAAAACUAUUUUUAAUUUUAGUUUUGUGAUUGACCCUUAUAUAUGUCAAAUGUAUGCAUGUUUUAUAAAGACACACGGGUCAUGUUCAUGGCUUUCAAUAUUGUGCCGUUCUGAAGAAAGUCAUAGCUCGUGUGAUUGAAAGUCAUUCAAGUUUUCUUUUAAUUCUGAGCCUGGACUCAAAUGUAUUUCUGAAUUUGUUGUUUUGGUGUACAAGUGAAAAAGAGAUUGUAACUUUCUUUUAGAGUUUAAAUGUGUGCACUUCUCUUGUGUUCAUUAAGGGUUUAGACAUUGAAAGCAUAUCAUCUCCAUUUUCCUUUGUGAAGGGGGAUGUUUGAAAGUAAGAAACAAAACCAGCAAUUCAUGCCACAUUUUCACUAGUACACGGUGUAAAAGGAACCAUUACAUCCAGAAGAUACGUCAUUUCACACUAACUCAGAGGGCUUUUGCUUUGGUUUGGAAAUGCAUUGGUGGCAUGAUCUUCCCCCAGUUUCUUCAGUUUUCUAUCAUGUGUGUUUGUGUUGUUUGUUGAUGUUCAGGGCUCAGGUGUCUUGAACGGCAGGUUCUUAAAAAAUGGCCUUAAAUAUUCACAAUCUUCAAACCCCAUCCACCUCUGCGUUUCUUCAGGAAAUAUCACAUUAUUCUGGAUCAAAAACCCUUGAAUAUCUUCAUAUAUAUAUUUAUGGAUGUCUUGUAUUUAUAAAAGUAUAAAUGAAUACUAGGUAAUGCCAAUAUUUUAAAGUCAUUUUAUUUCACACAUAGAGUAGAUAGGUGUUAUUUUAUAUCCAUUACUCCUCGUGAGAUAUUUCAGAAGUAAUAGCCGGUUAUUUUGUUAACAGUUAAUGUGCUGAACAAUGUAUUUGAUGAAGAUUCUGAAUAAAAUUAUCUGGAACUGA